AUGGCGGCGAAGAAAGUGAGCAAGCGCACGAAAAACUUCCAGAAGAAUCAUCUCCAAUCUUCGGUCGCGAACCGGCGGCGGCACCAGAAGAUUUCGAGGACGGACGAGAAGAAGAAAAGAAACGAGGAAAGCCGCCUGAGACGAGAAAUCGAAGAAGAAAACGAAGAAGAGGACGGUGACAACGACGAAGAUGCAUAUAAAGAGGAGGAAGGAGGGUUCGCGGACGCCAAGAGCGCGAAGAAGACGAGGAAGAAAGAAUUGGAAGAGAUGGACAUCGACGAGUUCUUAGACGCGAGCGAUGACGAGGACGAGGACGAGGACGAAGACGAUUCAGACGACGAGGACGACGAGACAAGCGAAAACGAAAAGGACGAUUCAGACGAGGAAGAAGACGAGGAUAACGACGCAAAAACGAGAGAGGAGAUGAAACGACACAGGGAACAUUUAGAGUCUCUGAAAGAGACGGAUCCUGAAUUUUACGAGUACUUGCAACAGGAGGAUAAAGAGUUGUUGGAAUUCGACGACGACGACGACGAAGAGGACGAUUCAGAGGAGAAACAAAAGAAGGACGAGAGCGAUGAAAGCGAUUCCGACGAGGAAGGAGGAACAAACGAGGACGAAGCCUCGAAACGCGCGAAAACGAAGCGAAAGAAAUCGGAGAACAGACAAUCCGGGAAGACGUUGACGUCGGCGCUCGUGAAAAAAUUGUGCGAAAACGCCAAAGGCGGGAAGGCGUUGGGCGCCGCGAAGCAUUUGUUCACCGCGUAUAGAGCGGCGUGUCACUACGGCGACGAGGAGAAUGAGAACGAUCAGACGAUGUUGAAGUUGGCGAGCUCGAGCGCGUUUAACGAUUUGGUGCAGUUUGUGUUGGCGGAGGCGGAUGAUAUUUUUAGAGGCGUGUUGGGAGAUAAGCCGGCGAAAUCGACGCAAGAGCAAUACGAUUACGAGCCGAUGAAAUCAAACAGAUGGAAGAAAGUUGAGCCGGUCGUGAAAUCUUACAUCGGGAACACGUUGCAUUUACUCGGACAGUUGACGGAUGCGUCGAUGACGUCUUUGGUUUUGAGACGGCUGGCUGCGUCCGUGGCGUUUUUGAAACCGUUCGAGCGGUUGACAAAACGCGUGACCAGAACGACGUUGAUGUGUUUUUCGAGCGGAGAGCCAAGAUUGAGGGUAAGUGCUAUAGUUUUACUGAGAGCGAUUGCGGCGACGUGUCCAGGACCGGCUUUAGAGAGAGCGGUGAAAGGGGUGUACCGAGCGUACGCGAGCAACGCAAAGUUUAUGAAUGCGAAUUCGGCGGAGAAUAUCGCGUUUAUGAGCGCGUGCGUGGUGGAAAUGUUUGGCAUCGAUCAAAAUCAAUCCUACGGGUUAGCGUUUGCGUACAUUAGACAACUCGCGACGUUGUUGAGAAAUGCUUUGGCUCAAAAAACAAAAGAUGCGUUCAAAUCGGUGUAUUGUUGGCAAUACAUAAACUGUUUGGAAUGUUUUGAGCGGAUAUUAACCGCGCACGCUUCGAAUAGAGAGUAUAGCAGCAAAGGUUCCGGCGAGCAAACAACAAAAGACGGAUCUACUUCGGUUUUACGACCGUUGGCGUAUCCGGUGCAACAAAUUGCGCUCGGUGCGGCGAGAGUAUUGCCUUCGGCGCGAUACGCACCGCUUCGCAUUCGUCUUUUGAAAAUUCUCAAUAGGCUUUCGAGGUCGAUGGAGACGUUUGCACCAGUUGCACCACUCGCCCUGGAACUUUUGAACUUUUCCGAGUUGUACAAAGCGCCAAUGUCAACGAAAGCGCCCAGUCCAGAUUUUACGCUCGCUUUGAGAGUUUCUAAAACCGAGUUGCGCUCUCCGGCUGUUCAAGACGUCGUCGUCGAAUCCGCGUUUGAGGAGCUCGGCGAACACCUCGAGCAACAUGCGUAUUCAGUCGCGUUUCCAGAGAUUUCUCACGCAGUGACGAGAGAGUUGAAACGAUUCAAUAAGAAAACAACCGUUGGUAGAUUUAAAAAACAGGCGAAGCAAAUGUUGGAUGCGAUUGAACGCAACGCGGAUUACAUCGAGAGGAAAAGAGAUGACGAGGCGGAUUUUGCGCCGAAAGACAUCGAGAAAGCGAAGAUUUUCUUACACGGAGAGAAAAUGGAAGGAAAAGCACCGUUGACGAGGUACGUGAAACAGUUGAGAGAUAGGGGGAAGGAAAGGCGCGCGGCAAUGCAAGCCAUGGAUGUGUCUAUUCGCUCGAACAAGUCUCACGGCGAUGAGUCAUCCUCUUCUGAUGAUGACGACGACGACGGGGAUGACGAGGAUGAUGAUCACAGAAGAGGCGACGACGAGGAGGACGAAGAUGAUGACUUCUUGAACGGAGAUAACGACGGUGGCGACGACGACGACGACGACGAGAUCAUAGACGGAGACGAAGCGUUUGAAGAAAUGAAGAAACGCAAGCGUAAGUCAGGUGUCGACGAAGAAGACUUGUACCUCGGUAAGGAAGAUUUAGUCAAGGAAUUGGAGCUCUCGUCAGACGAAGAGAACGACGACGAAGACGUCAAACCAGUGCCGACGAAAAAAGCGCGGAAGAAGGGCGGUAAGAAGUAA